GUUGGAGAACAGCAUACCACAGUUUCAGACAUUCUUUUAAAGCGAAGAUUUGUUGAAUCUGAUGCCAAAGGGGAUCUAUGGACUUCUAAUAAGCAGUCACGGUUUGCAAAAAGUUCACAUAGUAGUGGUCAUCAUUCCCCUCCACAAGAACCACCCUCUUCUCUUUCUUCAAGGCCAAUUAUCUCAUUACCUGGGGAAAAUUUGGAUAAGGGUGGCAAGCCAAUUUCUCGCGACCCAUGCGAUUUGGCUAAUAUUUGUCCUGCGUUGAUUACACGACUGGGUGCCCCAAAAGCUGGUAGACAAACUUUUGGUUUAAGCAAUGAUCCUAAAUGUUCUCAGCAUAUGGAACAACCUAGUAAAGCUUCCAGUUCCCUUAUAAAAGGGAAGAAAAAUCGACUCAUAGACAAACAAGAUCAACCUGCUACUUCUGUUGUCAACUGUCUCAAUUUCUCUCAUGACAACACAAAAAAUGAGUCAAUCUAUAAGUCGACAACUCGAGAUUCCUAUAAAACAUCUAUCGCUCAAAUUUCAUCUAACUCCUCGACGCUUUUCCCUCGUUCAUCUCUUAACCUCCAGAUCAAAAGCACAUAUUCAUCCUGCAACUCUUCGGAUCCUUAUUCAUCCAAUAAUGCGCAGGAGACCGAUAAAAAAACAUUUUUGGGAGGCUUUGAUUUUCCAGAUGAUGAAGAUGGUCAUACUGUAAAUGAAACUGCAAUUAGACCGUCUUUAUGGCGAACCCGAACAGAUCCAACUACAAUUAAGCGACGCAGUUCUACUUCACCUAGAGCUAGUACUUUGGAGGUCAGUAAUGAAUUUAAUAAAGUGCGU